AUGGAGGGCUACGCACGGGGGGCCACCGCAGGACCCAACUCCACCAACUGCACCGGCCCGCCCGGCACCGUCCUGCGGGCGGUCCGGCCCAGCGACAGCAUGGCGGCGCUGGUGGUCCUCCUCGGCCUGGUCACCCUCCUCACCGCACUCGUCAACGGCGCCGUGAUCCUCGCCAUCUGCACCACCAGGAAGCUCCACGUGCCCGCCAACUACCUCAUCUGCUCGCUGGCCGUCACCGACCUGCUGGUGGCGCUGCUGGUCAUGCCCCUCAGCAUCCUGUACAUCAGCACGGGGGCGUGGACGCUGGGCGCGGCGGUGUGCGAGGCGUGGCUCAGCCUGGACAUGACCUGCUGCACCUCCUCCAUCCUGCACCUGUGCGUCAUCGCGCUGGACCGCUACUGGGCCAUCACCAAGGCCGUGGAGUACGCCUGCCGGCGCUCGCCGCGCCACGCCGCCGCCAUGGUGGGCGCGGUGUGGGUCAUCUCGGUCUUCAUAUCCGUGCCUCCCCUGUUCUGGAGGCAGCGGGCCCGGGGCGGCGGCAGCCCCCACCACUGCGCCAUCGAGCACGACCACCUGGGCUACACCAUCUACUCCACCUUCGGGGCGUUCUACAUCCCGCUCAUGGUCAUUCUCAUGCUGUACUACCGGAUUUACAACGCCGCCAAGAUGCUGUACCAGAAGCGCGGCUCGUCUCGCCACCUCAGCAACCGCAGCGUCGGCAGCCAGAACUCCAUGGACCAGUGCCGGGUCUCCCACGCGUUCUGCGUCUCGGACUCAUCCAGGUCGGACCGCGCGCCGGGCUCCGACACGCUGACCGCGGCCGUCCGCGUCCCCGGCUCGGAGACGGACGCGACGGACGGGCAGGACGACAAGAACCAGAUCGUGUCGUCCCGGGAGAGGAAGGCGGCCCGGAUCCUGGGCCUGAUCCUGGGGGCCUUCACCGCCUGCUGGCUGCCGUUCUUCCUGAAGGAGCUGCUGGCGGGCCUGCGGGUGCUGCAGCCGUCGCGGUCCGUCUCGGACCUCCUCACCUGGCUGGGCUACGUCAACUCCCUCAUCAACCCGCUGCUCUACACCAGCUUCAACGACGACUUCAAGGCGGCCUUCAAGAAGCUGCUCCGCAGGAAGGAGCACUCGUAGGACGGAUCA